GACUAGAUCACAUAUAUUCUCGUUUAACCAGUUUAUGUACUGUGGGUGGACUUUCCAACAAGAAGUGAGAGGAAAGACGUCUAAAAACCGUCCUUUUUCAAAACAAAAGACUUUCAUAUUCAUAUCAAAGAAGUACAAAGAUCCAUAGUUUUACUGUUUGUGUGCCCCACACUAGGGAUGGAUUACAGUUAUGGCAGAUCAAAAAUACACAAGCAAAUUCCAAAAGAAAUGGGAUGCAUCCAUGAUAAACAAAGCUCCAAUUUAUGGGCCGAGCCAAUCAUUUGACCCCAGGACAGUAACUGGGGAGAACAGUGAAACAAAUCAUGUUUCCUUGCAUCAAGACAGUGCAUUAACUGGAAGAGCACACAUGUCCAAGCCUGGUGGGAUUGUGACAAGGUCCAAGCAUGCUUUGCAUGAAACACCACCAGUAGAUGAUGACAAUGUUCCUAGUAACAGGCGCAGCAAUCGUGAACACACCACUAAGCAUGUGGUGAAUAUAUGCCAUUCUGUUUGUACAGAACCAGGAAAAUGUCAAGGUGGAGGAGAGCUUAGGCUGUCGGUUCUUGCAGAGCAAGCCUCAGUGAUUGAAGCUCCUCCUUGUUUUGCUCUUGUUGGUUGCAAAUCACCAUUACUGCCUGGAAUAAUACUAGUUGCAGCUGUGGAUAAACGCUAUCUUCCUGAUGAAGAAACAAGUACAACCAUGCUUGGGUUCAGUGGGAACUGUAUUGGCUGUGGUGCUAAAGGUUUUAGAUAUUUCACAGAGUUUUCUCAGCAUAUCAAUCUUAGACUUGCUACUCAACCAAAAAAGCAAAAACAUAUGAAAUACUACAUUGUCAAAGACCACAAUCAUGGUCGACUACGGAAAGGAAAUCAGAUUCCUUGGAGAGCUGAAGGGCGUAAGAGAAGCAUGCCAAUGUCUGGCUCCUUUGUUGCUCGAGUGGAAGACGACACACCUAAUGCACAGUCAGCUGCAAGCAUGGCUUCAGGGCCACCAUUGCUGAUCCACCCUGCACAAGCAGGACAAGGUAGCAAUGCCAUUGACAACUCACCCAUCAAUAACUAUCAGUCCCAAAUUUAUAGUAGCCAGCCAGCAGCUAAAAAAUAUCGCUGGGAGAAUGGAUGUGAUAAUGAAGCAAUUUAUGUUGAAAACGAAAAUAGUCCUGUGUCCUCUGCAGCUCAAGAUUCUUCUCGUGUAGAGCUUCCAAAUAAGCCAUGGUUGACCGCAGCUUGUGGAGUAUGUCCAGUAUUACUCCUCUGCCAGAAUUCCAUUCCAAAUGUACCAUGCAGUUUAAAUGAUAUCAUAGUCAGUGAUUUGCUGGUAGGAUGCUUUGAUCCCCCUUUAGUGAGUGACCACAAUCAGUUUGGCAAUUUCACCGGUGCAUAUAUUCCAGCUUCAGACCCAUAUUCACAUCAUAAGAGAGGUUCAACUGGUUCCAGGUACUUCCCAUCCCCAUCCCCAUCCCCCAAUGCCCUGACAACCCAAAUGGCAAUUCUACUCUUGAUACAGCACUUGUCACAGUUUGAUGAAGAUGACAGGAUCAUGAGGGAAGAGGUUGAAUCAUUGCUACAAGAUGGACAACUUGAACUGUCUGCAGGAUAUCAGCAUUCCCAUGCUCUGGCACAAAGCAAUCUACUUACACAUGUACAGUUACCAGUCUUGGCUAACCUAGCUGCGGUCUCAUCCAAAGGCAGAGUCAAAGUUGUAACAUCCCCUGUCUCUUUAGACAAUGCCAUUGUGAGAGGUCUAAAAUUUAUUAUGGACAUCAUCAAACACAACCAAAACAAGUUUCCUAAAGUUCCCAUGCCAGAUUAUAUAUUUAUGCUUUCUACAUCCCAGAAGAAAGCACCAGAGUUCUGCUUCCUCGUAAGUGGUAUACACCAAGCAAGGUACCUGACAGAGGCAAUGAUAGGGCACCCUGUGGGCGCUAGGAUAACAGAUAACCUAGCCAAGCUGGAGCAGCUCUUUAGAUUAUCCAGUGAUGCUCUGGAACAGAUGGUCAGCAGUUAUGAAGAAGCCAUGGGCCAUGCACAGCUUGUCUUCAUUCCUUUUAAUGGAUUUGCAAGAAUGAAGGUCACAGAAGAAGAGGCUUUAAAGAUGGAACCAAAAGUUACAAUGACUUCAUUCCAGCACUAUGGGCAAAAGACCAAUGUAGUCUACUCUACACAAAAUCAAAUUGCAAAGCAGUUGGUUGCUCAAGUCUGUUCCAUUGCAGAAAACUCUAAUGCUUUGGAUAUCAAUAAGUUUCUCAAGGUUGAUUUGGUUGUUGUUGUGCCUCCCAUUUCAACUCUUUUCAACCAAACCAUCCAGAAACUUGCCAACUCAGGAAUUCUUGCUGACCUUGACUUGGAAAAAGUCAAAGAAUCAUCUGGGUUUGAAGCAUCUUUCAACUAUGUUAUAAAGCAUGAUGAUAGUGAUGCAACCCAAGAAAAACUUUCCAAUUUCCUAAAGAAAGUCCAGACUCAGCCAAGCACACUAUUUAUCUUGAUAUUUGACCAAGCCCAGUUUUAUUCCAGUCCUAGAGGUGUCCUGGACCUACCUUUCUACAAAGAAUUCCUGGAAGCUCCUAAUGUGAUACCACUGUUUGUGACAUCAGCUCCAUAUUUGUUCCAAACAAACUGCUCUUUUAUUGACCCAGAGAAUGAAGUUUACUGGACUGACUCCAAGUCUGAUUCUGAUUCCGGAUCUGUGAAAUCCAGCUCGUUUGAUGAUGACCAGUACGUUGAUGAUCAGGAUAGUAUGUACUUUGGACUGAAGGAAUAUUGUGAUUCUAUUAAAUGGACACAUCAAUUCCCUCUCUUCAGACAAGAUGAUGCCUUUGAGAGGAUGGCCCUACGGACUACCAGGGUAACAGAAGAUGUCAAUGUGAGUGUUCUUCGUUGUUAUCUUCUCAUUCGCCAUUACUGUGCAGCCAUUAUGUGGUCAGCAGGAAUCAAGCCUGCAGAACCACAUUGCACCUUGAAGACUAUUCAAAUUAUCCGUGAGAUUAUAGAGUCUCCUGUCCAUAAUGCUGAUGGCAGUGGAUCCAUGCUGGUUAUCAGAAUCCCAUCAUUAGAGCUGUCUGUUCUGGCAUUUGAUAGUCUGAAGAAUGUGAGGGAUAGACUUGGAUUUCAACACAGAUUUGCUGUUAUACAUGACAACGGUAUGGGUGAACUGGAGAUUGAAGAUUACUUUCUCAAGAGACUCAGGUUUUGGAAAAAACAAAGAGGUCUCCUGGAUGAAAAACUAAUCAAGGACUGGCAUCCCAAGUGCUAUGAAGAACUCCUUGAUUUACCCUGUAUAAUAUUACUAAGUGGUAGGGAAAGAACUGGUGAGACUUUUCCAAGGUCCUUGAAGUAUAUCGACAUUAGAUUGAUAGACCGUGGGUUUCUGUACCGAUCAUCCUUGGAGCUGGAGUUUAGUGCAAUUGCAUGUUACAUCAGUACAGGGGCAGGGUCACGGAGUGCUGGAGUAGAGGGUGGCAGUGAUGCAGUGUUGGGUGAUGGAGAGGAGAACAAGGAUGACUCUAGUACUAGCAGUGCUCCAGCCAAGACUAGUCACUACUCUUCUAACUAUCCUUUACCUGUCAUACUCGUCUCACGAUCCACUUUCAAAGCAUUUCAAACUGAUUUUUAUGGCUAUCCCAAGCAUCUUCUCCUACCGACUACACCUCAGACUCGCUGGACAGGUCAUGGUCGGCCCCACCUUGUAACUUCCAAUCCGGCAAACCAAUCUCUGUAUUAUCGUAAAUGGACUGAACCUAAACCAAGCAAUCUUGUUGGAACUCGGUGCAGCUCUGUGAAUAGCAGGACGGUGAUUAACAUGCGCAGUGCCAGUGGGAUAGUUAUUAGCCCGGACAUCCCUGAUGUGAUGGAAGAAGAUGGCAUGUCAGCCGUGGAAACCAUGUGCGAAACACCAAGACAGCCUUCAGUUGCUGGAAGCGAAACGGAUGAGAAUUGUGGAGAAGACAGCAAACCUAAUAGUCCAAUUACCAAGCCAAAUGAUGACCGCGAAACUACCAAAGCUAAAAUUGCUAAUCACCAGCGAGCUGUACCUACAGCCCCUAGUUUGACAUCAGAAUCUGAUAAUGAAGCACCAGCUGCAGGAACUACAGAUGAUGAGAGUGACAGUGAGGCUACAGCCAUCGGCAGAUAUCACCCAAGAUCAAUUUUGUUCAGUGGUCUUCCACAGGUUGGCAAGACAGGAGCAUAUCUUCACUUUGCUAGACUCCUGCACAGAAUGUUGAUCAAGCAACAGAAAGUAGAUGUGUACGAUGAGUUUCCUGGACAGGUAGUUGACGAUCCAUCAGCCAAGAAAGCAGCUACAGAAUCCACUUCCUCCAAACUACUUAACUUCGAUACCAUAUCAAAACUUCCAUUUAAUUGUGAGCUGAAGGAGUAUCAAUAUUCUAAAAUCAGUUCUCUUUCGUUAUUCCUGAACGAAAAACCAGAUGGUAAGCAUAAAGAUAAUGGCAAGUCCAAAGAGAGGUCCAUUACACAGACUGUGACAUCAGUACUGUUAUCACCUUGGGUAGCACAUGACAUCUGCCACCACUGUGACAGCUGUAAACCAUACCGCGAUGGCAUGGGACCUAACUCGUCACUCCACUACGACUACAAAUUAAAAUCCGGUGAGAAGUUACAUUUUCUUAUUCCACCUACUCGAAUUAGUGACUUCUCGUUUACUGGUGAUAAGCAACUUCACAGUCUGAAACUGCCCAAGGUGACGACUGUCAAGAAGGAGGGUGAGACUCUGAAACUGACUGUCAAAACUCCGGUUAUGAUGCCAAGCACUCGUCGAUGUGAGACAGGACUUCUCAACUUGUACCACGCUUUUGAAGGAGAGAGUCACACACUUGUUGUGUUCGUAAAAUACAACGAAAUGUCUGUGUAUGCCAAGAUGUGGCCUAACCAUAGCAUAGUGGGACUACCUAAGGACAGUGAUCAGGAAGGUGUUGGGUCAGCAAGGUACUUCAUCAAGCAAUUUGCCACCGAAAAUUUCCUUGUGGAACGUGAGCGUCAAGGCGUUGAUGGUAGUGGUAUUGAAGAUAUCUGGCCUAUGGUACUGAUGAUGGAUGAUUCCUGUGUCAUGUGGCAAAACCUUCUCAAGGUUAAGACAAAGGACACAGAAGAUGCACCUUUCAACCCCAAUACAUCAUUGCUUAAGAUAUUAGACAUCGUGGAAUCCACUUGUGAUAUUCUUAAAUAUGGCGCCAUAGGGUUUAGGCAGUUCAGCAGUAAAGAUGCCCAAUAUGAUCAGCCAUGCUUUUCUCACUGCUGUCUUAACACAGCAGUCAUUCUCAACGUAGCGAUUUUACAGGACUUGCAGUACAGUCGUAACAGGUAUUCCUGUGAAGACUUGAACUUCAGUCUCCUCCUGUACAGCCAUGGUAUUCCAUCAUGCAGGUUUGACUACCUGACGGUUGCUAAGAAACGAAUUGAAGUAACAUGUAAACCAACUGUCAAACUGUUGAUGAACACCAGUGAAAACAGUAGUGUCCACAACUCUAAGCAAGCUGCAGUAGAUGUGAAUGAUUACAGUAACUACGUGACUGCACCAGAUAGCGAAGAUACGCAUUACUUCUCAGCACCUGCUGAGUACCUCCUUGAGAAAUACCUGGUUGAAGCAGCAGCAAGGAAGCUCUUCCAGAGGGCAGCAGAUAAUCCACACCACCCUAUUCUCGCUAUUGAUAACUACGUCAAUCUAGGACCCAGGUUUACGGUGGAGUAUGUAAACACCUUUCAGCUUCAACGAGAUCCUAAGCCUGGAGCCAAGGGAUUCGAGAAGAACAAGACAAAGUACGGUGGCCUUCUUCUGUUCUUCCCAGAACAAGCUGUAAGCAAAGAGCUACUGCAGCGCUUUGACUUCAUAGAUAAUGCCCAGCUGUGUUUGGUGUGUCAGGAUCGUAAUACCCUGAGACAAGAAGUCGUAAGGCUGGACCUGGAAGAACACUGGAGAUUUCGCCUGAGGGAUGAGCUUCAAACAGUUAAUGAUCCUGAUGAACCGUCACUCUUCAUCCUCACUGGCAAGCACGACUGAAAAUAACACCCUCCCUAGUCCACCAUCUCCAGUCUGCUAUUGUUUACUUUACAGAUUGCUGAUUUGACCUUCAUAAGACAACAGCAACUAAUCAUACUUCUAGCAGUUGUAACGAUUUUAAUAGACCUCUCAAAAUUCUUCAGAAAUCAUAACUAGAAGAAUUCCUUUUUUGAAAUGUUAGCUUUCUGAUUUUGUUCAUAAUUCGUCUAGUAUUCUAGUCGAUGAUUUCAUAUGACUCUGAUAAACUCGAAGUACAAAAGGUUGUGUACCUUGUUUGCUACACAGUAACCAAUCCAGUAGAUGUCAUUAUUGUACUGAACCGUGACCGUGUCGUUAAUUUUUCAUUCAGGUGAAAUGUGUUCUGUGUAUCAUAUCCUCGAGCCGGCUUAUUUAUCCCAUGCCCUUUUAACUCGUCUAUGUAAAUAAUCCCUAUAUAAUCUCUGAUCGAAUUCUUUCUAAAAAAUAUUUGACUUUAAGAUUAUAUUUCUCGGGCUUCAACUUUUAUGAAGAGAGAAAGAUUUAAGAAAAACGUCUCUUUAGUAAGCAGUCUUAAGUAUAGACAAGUAUGUUUAUUUACAAGUAUGUUUAUUAUGAUGUGUAGUGUAUUUGUCACACAGUACCAAUACAAGUUGGGCUGUAUGCAGGCUAUCAACUCGACAAUUGAUAGGUGUUGAUUUAGUGAAACAGUUCAGUUAUGCUUAUUCUAGCUUAGUUUCAUUUUAAUGACUUUAAAAACCCGUGAAAUAGAUAUUAGCCUAAUAUACAUUAAUAGACCCUAAUUCCAUUGUCUUCUUUUGUGUCAAGUUGGCUGUUACGCGUGGACAAGUAUUUUUUUACUUCACGGGUUAUUAAAUGCAUUCAUUCUACUGCAAUGAAGAUCCAACAUGUAGCCUAUAAUCCACGUCAUUCUAUAGUCACCAUCUUCGGUACGGUUAGUUUUUUAUUGAUACUUUGUAAAUAGGCAUGCAUUUAGAUUACUUAAAUAACGAUGAUAAAAGAAUGUAAGAUGUAUAUAAACCCUCUACUUUUUUAACUAAUCGAAUUUUAAUCCUGAAAACUGGAAGAGAACUAUACACUUAAACAAAAUUAACAAUUUGUAUGUAAUAAUAUAAGAAGUAAAGAUGUACGAUUAAACUCAUUGUCUUCAGUGA